AUGGCAUCAGGCAGCCCUCAGAAUGUCAUCCGCAGGAAACUCGUCAUCAUCGGUGACGGUGCUUGCGGAAAAACCAGUUUACUCAGCGUUUUUACCUUGGGUUUCUUCCCAGCCACAUAUAUUCCGACCGUAUUCGAGAACUACGUUACCGACUGCCGAGUAGACGGCAAGUCGGUUCAGCUAGCGCUAUGGGAUACAGCCGGACAAGAAGACUAUGAGCGAUUACGGCCACUAGCAUACUCGAAGGCCCAUGUCAUUCUAAUAGGGUUUUCCGUCGACACGCCAGAUUCUUUGGACAAUGUUAAACACAAGUGGGUUACCGAGGCCAAUGAAAGAUGUCCUAACGUUCCCAUUAUCUUGGUUGGUCUCAAGAAGGAUCUUAGGGGAGAUCCAGUCGCCAUCGAAGAGAUGCGGAAGCGAUCUCAGCGAUUUGUGAUGGAGGACGAAGGCCAGAGGAUAGCAAAGGAGAUCGGCGCCCGAAAGUACCUGGAAUGUUCCAGUCUUACCGGAGAAGGUGUUGACGACGUAUUCGAGGCAGCCACGCGAGCGGCGCUUCUAACGUUCGAGAAGAAAGAAGGAAGCGGGUGCUGUGUGAUUCUAUAA